GGCGGUUAUUUCGUAAAGAUGAGUUGGUUCCCAGAUGAGGAUGGGAUACGGCAAACGUUGGAUUUGCUACAUAAUUCCCAAUCAACUGACACAAACGUUCAAAGGGUUGUGCAUGAGAAACUAAAUGAGUUGAACAAUGUUCCUGAUUUUAACAAAUACCUAGCUUAUAUCUUGACAAAUGCAGGUUCGGAAAGUGACAGCACGCGUUCUCUUAGUGGACUUAUUCUAAAAAAUAAUCUGAAAAGUCACUUUAAGAGAUGCCCUCCUGAACUUAUUAGCUACAUCAAGGAUGGGUGUUUACGGUGCAUCAGUGAUAGUUCACCUAUGAUCAGAUCAAUUGUCGGAAUUCUUAUUACCACUAUUGUAACUAGUGACGGCAUACAAAAUUGGCCAGAGUUGCUUCCAAAGUUGGUGGAAUGUAUUGAUUCUCAUGAUAUUAAUUUUAUGGAGGGUGCUUUUGGCGCGAUCGAGAAAAUAUGCGAAGAUUCUUCAUCUCAACUGGAAACCGAUCGUAUUGGUUGUCCUAUAGGACUGCUUAUUCCGAAAUUCUUACAAUACUCUAGACAUGACAGUCCAAAAAUCAGGUCUCAUGCUCUUGCAUGCAUCAACCACUUCAUACAUAGCCAAUCUCAGGUUCUCCUACACUUUGUUAACGAGUUUCUGGAGUGUUUGUUCGCUUUAGCCGAAGAUGAAGAUCCAAAUGUCCGACGACAUGUUUGCUCUGCAUUUGUACAGCUUCUGGAAGCUCACUUGGAUAAAUUACUUCCAAAUUUACCUGACAUCAUUGAGUUUAUGCUUCUUCGCACUCAAGAAAACGAUGAAAAUAUUUCAAGAGAAGCAUGUGAAUUUUGGCUCUCGCUUUCUGAACAACCUGUGUGCCACCAAGCCCUGUCGCCAUAUAUCGGGCGACUUAUCCCAGUCUUAGUUUGUGGAAUGAAGUAUUCAGAAAGUGAUAUGGUGUUACUUCGAAAUGAUUUAGAAGAAGAUGCUCAUCUGCCUGACAAGGAAUGCGAUAUUCGCCCACGGUUUCAUAAGACGAAAAAUAAACUUUUCUCUCCAGAGGAUGAUGACGAAGAUGAAGACGACGAUUACGUUUCCAACUGGACUCUCAGGAAAUGUUCUGCUGCUGCCCUUGAUGUGUUGGCUAGUGUGUUCCACACAGAUUUUCUACCUAUUUUGUUGCCAAUCACAAAAGAACUUCUGUUUUCUCCUCAGUGGGAACUUAAGGAGUCUGGUAUUUUGGUUCUUGGUGCUAUUGCAGAAGGUUGUAUGAAGGGCAUGAUUCCAUACCUUCCAGAGUUAUGUCCGUUCCUGAUUGGUUGUCUAUCGGAUGACAGACCUCUCAUACGUAGUAUAACUUGUUGGACAUUAAGCCGUUAUUCUCAUUGGAUCGUUGGACAACCUCAUGAACAAUACUUCAAGCCUUUAAUGGUUGAGCUCCUCAAAAGAAUUUUGGAUUGUAACAAACGUGUUCAGGAGGCAGCCUGUUCUGCUUUCGCUACUCUAGAAGAAGAAGCAUGUACAGAUCUCGUCCCAUAUCUGGACCUCAUCCUACGAACUCUUGUGUACGCGCUUAAACAGUAUCAACACAAAAACUUGUUUAUUUUGUAUGAUGCUAUAGGUACACUUGCAGAUUCUGUUGGUCAUCAUCUCAAUCGACCGGAUUUCAUAGAGAUGCUUAUGCCACCGCUUUUUGAGAAGUGGAACGUUUUACGAGAUGACGAGAAAGAUUUAUUCCCCCUUCUGGAGUGCCUUUCUAGCAUGGCUACUGCCCUAGGAACAGGUUUCCUACCCUACUGCUCUCCUGUGUUUAGUCGAUGUGUUAAUUUAAUUGAUAGAACAAUACAACUCAGUAAGCUACAUGCUCAACAACCAGAUGUAUAUGAACCACCAGACAAAGACUUUAUGGUGAUUUCUCUGGAUCUCCUAAGUGGGCUUAUGGAAGGUCUUGGGUCUCAGAUGGAACAUUUAGUAUCAAGUAGCCCCCUGGUAAAGUUACUAUGUGAAGCAGCUCAAGACGCUCAACCAGACGUCCGCCAGAGUAGUUUUGCUCUCUUGGGUGAUUUAACAAAAGCAUGCUUUGCGCACAUCCAACCUCAGAUUGGUCAGUUUAUGACAAUUUUGGCUAAUAAUCUCAGUUCGGAGCAUAUAUCUGUUAGUAACAAUGCUAUUUGGGCAAUCGGAGAAAUUUGUAUUCAAUUGGGUGAAGGGAUGGCACCGUUUGCUUCUUUGUUCAUUCAUCCCUUGAUAGAAAUUAUCAAUCGUCAAAGCACACCUAAGACACUCCACGAAAAUACUGCGAUAACAAUUGGACGUCUUGGUUUUGUUUGUCCUGGUGAAUUGGCUCCUCAUCUAAGCACUUUCAUUCGUCAGUGGUGUCUGUUUUUGCGCAAUAUAAGGGACAAUGAAGAAAAAGACAGUGCAUUUCGUGGUAUUUGUAAUUUGAUUACGCUCAAUCCUGCCGGUGUCUUACAUGAUUUCCUUUUCUUUUGUGACGCUGUAGCUUCUUGGAAUAAUCCUAAAGACGAUUUAAAAGAGAGAUUUAAUGCUAUUUUACAUGGAUUCAAAGUCCAGGUUGGAGAAGAUGAUUGGAGUAAAUUCUGGAGUCAGUGUCCUCCAAUGCUUCGUGAACGGUUAUCUCUUCAGUACAAUCUUUGAGAUUUUUUGAUUUUUGAGUAAUGCAUGGUUUGGUCCUAAUUUUUGUUCGCGCCUACCCACUUUUACGUCGAUUCAAUGUUUUUACAAUUGGCCUUCGCGAUUUUUCCUCGAGUAUGGUUAACUAUCUUACAUCUGGCAUCCAGUGUUUUGAUCAACCAAGUUAACUGAUUCAUGUAAUGCGGUAAGAAAUGUCACUUAUCGAAAAUAUUAAGUACCCAUCUCAUCGAUGCUGAAUUCGUCAGUGUUAGCGUGUUGUGAAGUGUACCAUCUUGUGUUACUGAGAAACAGGUUUUUUUUAAAUAUUACACAUUUUUUCAUAGUACUGGUGGCUUCCUGUUAUAUAUAUAUCCUAAAGACUACAUUGAAUUGUUAAAAUAUUACGAAAAAAUUUAAUCCAACUUGUAGUAUCUGGUUAUUGUACUCGUGCACCUUAUUCCUCACUAGAGAAACAGUGUCUACUCGAGUUACCCAACUUACAUAUCCGUUCGGGAUAAAAGAGUAAACGAUGUAUCCAUGUAAUUUAUUUGAAUUUCAUAUCACAGAACGUUAAUUCAUCUGUGGCAUCACUUAUGUAUAAGUGAUAUGACUACAGUCAGUCUGCUUCUCUGUUAAAUUGCCGGGAAUGUUAGUCGAAAUGUUUUAAGAUGUGAAUGCAUGAUAGCAUUGUGCUCCCGUACAAAUGACAGUGUUUUCGUAACACAACUAUUGUCUUAUCCAUAAGUUCUAUGCUGCUAAGUUUGCAAUUUUGAUGUUUAGAAAAUAUGCGAUCGACAAUGCAACAUGAUCACAUAAUACUUGAUAAAGUAAGUAUAGGAACUCUGUAACUAAAGGGAGAACGAUAUCUUUGCAGAAGUAACGUUACUUUCAUCCGAUCAAUUACAGAUGAUUGAUUGACGAUGGUUGGUUCCAGACACCUUUAGCGUAACUUGGUAAACAUGUGUUACACCUCAUACAAUUAUUGAUACAACGUGUAAUAAUUAACCUUAGUAUUCCGCUCUCAUCCGUUUAGACGUAAGUGACAUAAAAUUUAUCUCCUAAAACCAUCUAUAUGUCCCAUGACAUGUAAUUAUCAUAUGUAAUUGUUUAUUACAGAUGUGUAUUUUACUAAAAGGCAAACCUCAUUUUUCAACCAGUUGUUUUGCCUUUAAUACCAGUUCAUUUGUUAGCUCCUGCCAGUUUGGUCUUUGAAUUAUUUGUCUGUCACUAACAUUAUAAAAUAUCCAUCACCAUUUUAUAGAUGUGUAACUAAACUAGUUCUAAGCAAUUUCCCAACAUGAUUCAAAGUACUGGAGAAGUAUAUUGCCCUUCUAGUGGUACAAACCAGUGCAAAUAAAUUAAUCAUCACAUCUUUCAGUAUUGUUAUGACUUUAGGUUGCUGUCGAUUUUUACCCUGUGCUAAUUGUUGUGUCCUUGACUGGAAAAUUAGAGAGCAGCGUACUUAUCGACCGACUACAGUGACACGUAAACACGAACGAACGGCCUACAGUUCUGAUUGGUCCUGCUUCCCUGUCCAGCCCAGCCAGUUGAGUCCAGAACACAAGCCACAGCCUCUGAGAUAUAAAUCAUUAUGUUUCAAACAUACUAUAUUUAUAUACUAACCAAGCAUACCACAUCGUACCAUAGAAUAGAAAACAACAUUUUAUACAAUAUUCAACAAGUGAACAGAUAUCGACCAAUAGGAAAUGUCCAUUUAAAGUCCAAGGACACCAUUGGACUUAACAUGAUAACUAUUGGUCUGUUCCUCCGCAUCCACAACAAGUAUAUUUAUUGUUUCUCGAUUUUUUAGUUAUGAUUCUCCAUUUUAUUAUCGUAAUAUCCACUUAUUUUUUAGAUGAAAUUAAAAGAACGAAUAUCGCUUUAAUAAUUCUCCAGUCUGUAUGUUUCACCGUUGGUUCAAUCACUGCCGUAUAUAACGCCAUCCGUUGGAAAUAUCGCUGUCAGUUCUCCGUUUUCCUUAUUUUUCACUUGCACAUGUUUUUCUGAGUUUUUUUUUAGAUAUUUGACAUGUUUUUUGGGAUGUCAAAGAGUGUUUGAACACAACAUGUUUUAUCUUUUAUUUUAAGGUAUUUCUAUAGUUUUCUCUACUGAACUAGCCUUUUAAUUUCAAAUAGUUCCAUGUCUACUUAUCUUCUACUUUUUUGUCUUAUGAUUCUUUUUUUUACUUCUGAGAGUACUAGUUUGGGUGUUCAUAUAGGGCUAAGACUCGGGGAUAAUUAGGUUUAGUUGGGAUAGGGGAUUAAGGGUUAUAUUAGUCAAGUAGAUUAACAAUUAAGACUUUCCUUUGGGUAUUAAUAAAACAUUUAAGGGAAUCAGGGAUUAGGGCACAUUCAUUCUCCCAACCGACAUCUGGUUCGGAGUUAUCAUCUCUACUAAAUAUAAAUAGUAGAAUUAAGGGAAAAACAUUUACACAUCUUAUACUGUUGUAUUUCUUUCAAUUUUUGUAUUCAACUAAGUGUUGUGUUGUACUUUAUUCUUUUGUACAUGUCGAUACCAUUUAUUCUGUGAUCUUCAUUGUCGUAUACCGCUUAUAAUAACAGUAUUGUACAUUUUAAAUUUUUCCACGUUUUUAUGAUAUCGGUUCAUCUAAGAUUGUGUCAAAAACUAAGUGUUUCAUCAAUCAAAUAUCGUGAGUCACGUACCUUUUAAUUUUUCAAACGGUUUUAAAUUUUGUGUUGUUUAUUCAAUGAUUAUUCAAUCUAGAUAGGGAUGAAAUAAACAGAUGAGUUUUUUUAGU